AUUCACUAGAGGCAAAAUCCAGGCGCUGCCGUUUUGCCCUUGUUGUAUCAGAAACAGAACAAAUCGCACUCAACUCAGCUCGCCGGCGCCGGAGUUGGCAAUCGCAGGGAGUAAGGCCACCAGAAGCUGUUAGCAAGUCAACCAGGGUGUGAUCAUUGUGGUGGUGAUGCUACUAGUUUAUUGAAUUGAAACUGCGUCUUUGCUUAACCAUUAGUCGCUAUUUUGAUUGAACAAAAGACAUGAGGAUUAUCACCCUUUCAAGAUAUAUUUGCCAUCUCACUCGGCCUCGGGCUUUUGUGCCAUUUCAAUCUCGAGCCUUCCAGCCUGACGUUGUUUCUAGAGAUUCUAAGGCAAAGCCAAUCAAGUACAAAAUUCCUCAAGUUUACAACCCUUAUGACCCUAGACCUCCACCUUCAGACAAAAUCGUUCAGCUCGCAGAACGCAUCGGAGCAUUAUCAGAAGAAGAACGCGGUCUCAUUAUGCCUGCUUUGGCAGAAAGAUUAAAGCUUCCAAAGUUGCAGCCAAUUUCAACUGAAGGCAUGGACUUGGGGUCAGAAGGCGGUGCUGCCGGACCAAAGGCUGAGGAGAAAAAGGCUGAGAAAACUGCUUUUGAUGUCAAGUUAGAGAAAUUUGAUGCUGCUGCAAAGAUCAAGGUGAUUAAGGAGGUAAGAGCAUUUACUAACUUGGGAUUGAAAGAGGCUAAAGAUCUAGUUGAAAAGGUACCCGCUGUCCUUAAACAAGGAGUCACAAAAGAGGAAGCAAAUAGUAUUAUAGAAAAAAUAAAAGCGGCUGGAGGAGUUGCAGUUAUGGAGUAGAUUUUUCAGUUAUUUGAUUUUGGCCAAGAUCACAAAUUUUUCUUGAUGGCUGAUGUGCUUUGAAGAUACCAUAUCCAUGGUGAAUGAAUGGUUAGAAAUUUCUGAAGACGUGAAUAAAUUUUUUUAGUCAGAGUUUUCUGGUUAAUUACUCUAUCACAUGUAAUUGUUGUGUUAGUUUGACAUUUGUAACACUCACAUCUUUUCUUACAAAUGAAAAAUUUCUGAACCAUAGGAAAAAUUAUGUAUGGAAUUUACAUUUAGUUAUUUGAGAUGCUUGUGGUUGAUAUACCAAAAUUGUUGGUCUUCUGUUUAGACUUUAGAUUAAUGAACCUUUUAUCUAGAA